UUCUUAAUUUCCUCAAAUUUUAGUGGCAAAGAACUGAUAAAACACCAUUUUGAGAGCAAAUUCUAGGAAGAGAGGAAAUGCCUAAAAGGACUGAAAGGCAAACUGGGAAGCUUUUCCAUGGACAGUUAUGGAAAGAAGGAAAUGCAGUGAUAAAGAACACUGGAAAAGCCUGUGUUUGUGUUGGGGGUUGGGGAGGAGAGGACUGAUUCCUCAGUGAAAGAAAACUAGAGAUUGCAAAACUUCAUUACAAUCUAGACAAUCAAACUCAGUGGAAAGGGAUCCCAAUUCGGAUUUGGGCUAAGGGAGACAGCUCCGUUUUUUUCCCUUGUGGAAGGAAGCCCAAACUUCGAAAAGUUGGAGAAAUGUUCCUUUCUCUCCUGUCCUAAGCCCCUCCUCCUCCGGGCAGAAAAUCUCGGAACCCUCAUCUCCCCUCAGGAGAAGCUUCCUCGUAGGUUAAGCACCUUCAUUUCAAAGUCACCGCCGCAGCCAUUUCCCUUUCUGGGGGAAAAGGGUGGGGAGGUUCGGACUUCUCCGAUUUCAUUGCACACACGUCCUGAUUCCAGUAAUCCCUGUCUUCGUAGGUCGGAUAAUAUGGUUCCUACGAGUUCCUAGCAGGCUAGAGGAAGUCUUGGAUUUGAUAUGGGUGUGGUCAGGAGCUGGAGGACAACCGGAGGAGUGUCUGGAGUUAAUUUUGCGAGGGGAAGAAGAUUGGGCGGGACGCUGCUUCUCAAAUGGAAGAGGAGCAGUUCCACUCUUACACUAAAGGGAGACCUAGAAAGGGAUUGCGACCCCAGGAAGCGUUAGAGCCCCAGCGAGUCAUGGCAGCGCGGGCCCGGAAAGCUUCCCCCUCGGACCAAGCUCCGAGUGGGCUGAGAGAGCUAGGAAUGGGGGUGGGGACGGAGAUGGCCCCCAGCCAGCCGACGAUGGGGAACUUUUGAGUCGGGGUGCUUGAUUCAUCCGAGGUCCGGAUGGGCUGAAAGGGAGGUGUCUUUAUAAAGGAUUCUAGACCAACCCUCCUCCUCCACAGCACAGCGCUCCUUUUGGAGAGCCGGGGUUUCGGGAGGCUGGAGUUUGUGGGUAGAAGAAUAGUUGUGGGGCUUUUCUUUGUGAAUGGGGGGGGGGGGGAGGGUGUUGAUAGAAGGGGAACUUUCUGCCACCCGAGCAGCUACUAAGACAGAAAUCAUCCACAACAACGCCCCUUCACUUGGUGACUAACGAAGAAAUGGCCCAGAGCCAGCUUCAGGCUCGCACCCCUACCCCCACCGUUAUUCCCCCAGUCCUCUGCCGGCUCAGCCCGAGGCUGCUGGGGCUGCAAGAGCGAAGUUACGUAGGAACUUAGCUCACAGGCACACAGAAAAAAAGGGGGGGCGGUGCUCCCGUAAGGAGGGGUGGGGGCUCUGGGGACAAAACAUUAUAAAAUAGAGACCAGGCUGCCAGGUUUCUGCACUCCCACUGCAAAGCCUGCGGGAGACUGAGCCAAGCCAGGCCAAAGCGAGGAGCUUGCCUCUCUUGCUUCUCUUGCUCCAGCAUUCUCCAAUCAUCCCAAAGAAAAAAGCUAGGCACGAGGCCGGCCGCAACAGACCAGACGCAGAGUACCAGAGGAGGCUUCACGGAGUACGGGAGAGCACCCAGUUCCUGCCCUGUCUCGCCUUUCGGCCUGGAGAAUCCCACCGAAAAGGUGGGAUUCUUCUUCCAGCAUCACCCUACAGCAGCCAUCCGAGAAAGUAAAGCGCCAAGCAGUGUACCAGCUCCUUCCCCUCAGUUUCUAGUUAACGAAAAAAGCUUUCUUCUGCGGUAACCUGUAGAUGCCUGCAGACAUUGCUACCAAAAGUGAGAGUCUGCCAAAUAAAGAAAGGCGUCGAGGCUUUCAGGCUCCCUGAUUGAAACUAGAGCUUUCCCACUUGCGCGGCAGAGAAUGGGGGCAGUGGCGUGGCCGCUGGAAAAGGAGAGGUUCCUGCCCAUUUCUCUCCUGGUAGUAGCACUGGUUUUCCUGACUGUGCCCGGCGCGUACUGUCGCCCUGUGGAAGAGGACCAGGAACUAGUGCUCCCAGUCCUGCUGGAUUCUCCAGAACCAGGCAAAAAGCUCUACCGCUUGGAUGCCUUCGGGAAGCGCCUGAGCUUGGAGCUACACCCCGACAACAGCUUCCUUGCCCGGGGCUUCACGAUCCAGUACUUGGGGGGCAAACUUAAAGAGGAGGAGGAGGAGGAGGAGGAGGAGGAGCACUCAUUCAUCCCCACGAACGAACUGCCGCUUUGUUUCUACUCUGGCACCGUGAACGGAGACCCCAAUUCAUCCGCGGCUCUCAGUCUCUGUGCCGGCCUCCGUGGGGCAUUCUACCUGCAAGGAGAAGAGUAUUUCAUACAGCCGCCUGCCACCAACGAAGUCCGCUUCUCCUCUUCUUCUGCCCCAAAGGAGGCGCAGCUACAGCAGCAACUCCAUCUCCUCAGCCGGAGGCUCAAGAGCCAAAGCGGUGCCAAGUGUGGAGUCCUAGACCAGAACUUCCAGCAAGGAGAGGCUGAAGCAGCUGAGGCGCAGAAGCGGCCGACAGAAGAGUGGAAACAACGCCCAGAACCCCGAACGGGGACUGGAAGCACAAGGAAAAAACGGUUUGUGUCUAGCCCUCGCUAUGUGGAAACCAUGCUUGUAGCAGAUCGGUCUAUGGCAGAGUACCACGGCAAUGGUCUGAAGCACUACCUGCUGACGCUGUUCUCUGUUGCAUCCAAGUUGUACAAACAUCCCAGUAUACGAAAUUCAAUUAGCCUGGUGGUGGUGAAGAUUUUGGUCAUCUCUGAAGAAGAGAAGGGGCCUGAAGUGACCUCCAAUGCUGCCCUUACUCUGAGAAACUUCUGCAGCUGGCAAAAACAGCACAAUCCACCGAGUGACCGAGAUGCGGAGCAUUAUGAUACCGCGAUUCUCUUCACCAGACAAGACCUUUGUGGUGCCCAGACAUGUGAUACCCUUGGGAUGGCUGACGUUGGAACAGUGUGUGAUCCAAACCGAAGUUGUUCCAUUAUUGAGGAUGAUGGUUUGCAAGCUGCUUUCACAAUGACCCAUGAGUUAGGCCAUGUGUUUAACAUGCCACAUGAUGAUGCAAAACAGUGUGCCAAUAUCAAUGGAGUACAUUGGGAUUCCCACAUCAUGACCUCAAUGCUUUCCAAUUUGGAUAGAAGCCAGCCUUGGUCUCCCUGUAGUGCUUAUAUGAUUACAUCAUUUUUGGAUAAUGGUCACGGGGAAUGUUUAAUGGACAAGCCCCCCAGACCCAUGCAGCUCCCCUCUGACCUCCCAGGGACCUUGUAUGAUGCCAACCGGCAGUGCCAGUUUACGUUUGGUGAUGACUCCAAACACUGCCCAGAUGCAGCUAGCACAUGUACAACUUUGUGGUGUACUGGCACUUCUGAUGGAGUCCUUGUGUGCCAAACAAAACACUUCCCUUGGGCAGAUGGCACGAGUUGUGGAGAAGAAAAAUGGUGUAUCAAUGGCAAAUGUGUGAAUAAGACUGACAAUAACCAUUUCUUUACACCUAUUCAUGGAAGCUGGGGGACAUGGGGACCCUGGGGAGACUGUUCUAGGACCUGUGGUGGAGGAGUACAGUAUACAAUUAGGGAGUGUGACAACCCUGUCCCUAGGAAUGGAGGAAAAUACUGUGAAGGCAAAAGAGUACGAUACAGGUCAUGCAAUAUUGAGGAAUGUCCAGACAAUGAUGGCAAAACCUUCCGAGAAGAACAGUGUGAAGCGCAUAAUGACUUUUCUAAAGCUCCCUUUGGAAGUGGACCUGUCGUAGAAUGGAUACCCAAAUAUGCUGGAGUGUCACCAAAGGACAGAUGUAAACUUAUUUGUCAAGCUAAAAACAUUGGCUAUUUCUUUGUGCUGCAACCCAAGGUUGUGGAUGGUACUCCCUGUAGCCCAGAUUCUACCUCUGUUUGCGUGCAAGGACAAUGCGUAAAAGCUGGCUGUGAUCGCAUAAUAGAUUCCAAAAAGAAAUUUGACAAAUGUGGGAUCUGUGGAGGCAAUGGAUCUACUUGUAAGAAAGUCUCUGACUUAAUUAACCAUACAAAACCUGGCUAUCAUGAUAUUGUCACUAUUCCAGCUGGAGCAACUAAUAUUGAAGUGAAGCAAAGGAGUCAGAGAGGUUCCAGAAAUAAUGGAAGCUUCCUUGCCAUUAAAGCUGCUGAUGGUACCUAUAUCCUUAAUGGUGAUUUUAAACUCUCCACAUUGGAGCAAGACAUUAAUCACAAAGGUUGUUUCUUGAGGUACAGUGGCUCUUCUGCAGCUAUGGAAAGAAUUCGCAGUUUUAGCCCUCUUACAGAACCCCUAACUAUUCAGGUUCUUACUGUGGGCAAUGUCCUUCGACCUAAAAUCAAGUACACUUAUUUUGUGAAGAAAAAGAAGGAGUCUUUCAAUGCUAUACCUGUUUUCUCUGAAUGGGUUAUUGAAGAGUGGGGUGAAUGUUCCAAGUCAUGUGGAAGGGGCUUCCAAAGAAGAUCUGUAGAAUGCAAAGACAUCAAUGGGCAGCGUGCUUCAGAGUGCUCAAAAGAACUGAAGCCACAGCAUAUUCGACCUUGUGCCAAUGUGCCGUGUCCUCAGUGGAAGGUAGGGGAUUGGUCUCCAUGUUCUAAGGCAUGUGAAAAGGGUUUGCAAAAAAGGACCUUGAAAUGUCUGUCCCAUGAUGGUAGCGUAUUGUCUCAGGAAAGUUGUGAUCCUUUAAAGAAACCAAGAAAUUACAUAGAACUUUGUACCAUCACAAAUUGCAAUUCAACAGUGAUCAGUUUAGGAAAAAGGUAGAAAUGUCAAUGCACUGAAAGUAAGAGGACCUGAGGGUAUCUGAUGCAUCUUGCAUAGACUUAAGAAAUGCCAUUGAGGUGGGCCAGUGUAAAUAGGCGCUUGUGCUGUUGCAUCAUAGGACAAUACUGCCCAAAACAAAUGUGAUGGUAUAGUCAGAGAAGCUCUCUAAGUCUUUAUUUUCAGUUGAUCAUGCCAUAGUGUCUGUUACAAGUUAAACCAAGAAGCACUGGCCAAAGUGAGUUUAAACAAAUAUUUCUCUCUUUUCUCAAUUUUUAUUAUGAUACUAAUAAAGUUCUUUGAAUCCGGAGGAAGAUUAGAAUCUGGAAGACAGACUUCUGAAAACCUAGCCAAGAACAAAUCGUUGCUUUGUAAUUGUUGUUAAGCACUUCAGUUAGCAUUUGUCAUUUUCAGAGCAUAAUUGUACGAUUAAUGCCCUGUGUUAAAAAAUCAGGAAUAAAAUUCAGAAUAGUCUAGCAUAAGAAAUGAUCUCGUAUUCAAAAGUAGCUAAAAUAUCUGAGUUUAUGUGUAACUUUGUAUUAUCCUUUGAUUUCUGUAGGUCAUUGAAAUUUAGAAAAUAAGGCAGUAAAGUCAGUAAAAAUAUAUAGUUCUUCAAUAGAGCUAAUUAUCCUACUGCUCAGAUGUUCGCUAGAGAGGAAACUAUUAACUGAGUUGCCAUUCUUUGGUGAUCAGCAAAUUGAGCAUAUUUUUCCAAUGCUUAUGUAGUCUUGCAUUGAUGAUGUGGAUUUAAAGUGACCUCUUAGCAAGGGUAGACAAUGGCAUAAGAAGAGUGAAUGCAUGAGGGUUAUCAUUUGAGAAACUGGUGCAUUUUAGAAUGCCAAGCUCACUCAUAUCUUGCUCAAGACACAUCUUCAGGAUAGCAGGGCCAUCCAGAGCAGUAUGCAAAUAGUCACAUGAAAGAGAAUAUGGUUUUUCCAUAUGUACAUUGUAAAACACAUUUCUAUAAAUUAUAUGUACUUUAUAAGUAUCGAAUAAUUCUGUUCCUUCUAAGAAGGACUACAGUUUGUUAUAAAUGCAUAUAAUGAACAUAUUUAUUUUUAUACUUCUUACCUAAUUUGAUCUAAGUUAUCACUUUUUUUAAAAAAGGUCAUAUAACAAGAGUAUUUAUAUAGUAUAUAUAACUAGAGAUAAUAAAAAGAAUCUGAAAAUUUGUUUAUUUUGUUGGAAUGUAAAAUGAUUCUGAGGAAGAAAAUUGGAGGUAAAUACUUAAAGACUAAUGAUUGCUUUUUCAUUUUUUUAAGAAUUAGAUUUCUGUAUGGAUAUUGGAUUGACUGUUUUUUAUUGACUAACUAUGAAAGAAUAUAACCUGUGGCUUCAGUUAAAAUAGUUGUAUUUGGUUAUAAACAGUGUUCUCUUUCAUUUUCACACAAUAUUUCCUGUAUAUUAGUGCUAUGUCUAAUAAAAUACCCUAUAAAUUCUUGACUGAGA